AAUAAAUAAAAAAACUACUACUCUAAUAGAACACUUCUCCAGUCAACCGAUUCUCCCAUUUCACUAAUCUUCAAACCCUAGGUUUCCUCUGUAAUGGAGUCGCCGCCGCCGAUGAAAACCACGAAGCGCAGAGCAGCAGCAACAACAUCAAUUACUGGCUUAACCAUUGAUAAUUCAGUUCUUCCUAUAGAAUUAAUAUUUGAAAUACUCAUAAGACUGCCUGUAAAAACCUUGCUGAAGAUGAGAUCUGUUUCAAAAUCAUGGAGUUCUCUCAUCUCAACUCCCGAAUUUGUCAAAGCACAUGUAAAAUUUUCAGCCAAUAAUCGAGAAUUUGCUCACCACAGGCUUCUUAGUAUCAGGUCAGGUACUCACAUUCACGACGACGGACGUACUAGUAGAUGGAAAAAUUUCCGCACAUAUUCUCUUAAUGCAAUCCUGUAUGGAGAAUCUCCCUGUUUACCUGUUGAGCUUCAUAAUUUUGGUAUUAGUUAUAAUGUUUUGGGUUCAUGUGAUGGAUUGUUCGUUAUUUCAAAAACCUGGUAUAAUAAUGACAUUGAGGAUCUGUUUCUAUGGAAUCCGUCUAUUAGGAAGUUGAGUAAACUUCCUUAUUCAGGAAUUGAUGUGUUCAAUCGUAGAUUUGCUUAUGGAUUUGGUUAUAUUGAAUCUCAAAAUGAUUACCAUAUUGUUGAAAUUGUGGCAAAUAAACCUAGUUAUUUCAUUGCUGAUAUUAGUGUUUAUAGUUUACGAAAUAAUUCGUGGAAAACCAUUCAUGAGUUCCCAAGUAUCUCUUUGCCUGAAAAUGUUAAAUUUAUUAAAGGAAAGUUUCAUUGGAUCACUGGUGGUGGUAGUGGUAGUAACGCGACAUGGUUCAACCCCGGAGAUGAGGAGUUUGGCAAUGUAGCAUUGCCUAACCCAAGUGGUGACACUUCUAACUGGAAAUUAGUGUCUUCAUCUGGUAAUCUAUGUAUGACUUGUGACUAUAGAAACAAGACAGAUGUGUGGAUAAUGAAGGAGUAUGGACUUGCAGAGUCGUGGACUAUUGUGGGUUCGAUCCCUAAAUUUGUAAAUAAGGUGGUUUGGCCGAUAUUCAUCUCUCAUAAUGAUGAAAUUCUAUUGCAAGACGUUUCAGGUUUAGUGUGGUGGUAUGUUUCACGAGAUGAUGACAGUGUUGAUCGUCCUGAGGAUCAAACACGUUGUGAAUGUGAUCGUGGAAGCGAGCUUAAUCUAUACGUUGAAAGUCUUGUUUCGCCAAAUUCUCCUUGAAAAGCGAAAAGCUAUGGAUUGAGGAGUCUAUUGAGAUCUCUUCAAGUGUAUCGAAGAUAGCUAUCUCGUUAGUGAAUCCAGGUGGUGCUCAUAUGUAAUAAAACGAGACAAUUGAUACAUAAGCAUGUAAAAGCAGGAAUAACAUAAAGUGGUUGAAGUUUGGUUCAACACGAAGAGUCUAGAAUCCAUCGGAAAUAGUCUCUUUACUGCACAAGGUAGGGAUAAAGUUUGUUUACACCCCUUAGAUCCACCAUGUGGGAUCAUAGUGGGUAUGUUGUUGUUGGUGUUGAGGAUGAGUCAUACAUGUUAGAGAGUAAUGAAAGAGCAUCAAUGUGUAGCUAGCAAGUUCAAAGCUGAAAGUUUACCAGGGAGACUCGAAAAAGAAUUCUCAUUAAUAAUGAAAGAAUACUUAUCAUUUCACCACAAUUCUUGUUGCAAAUAUCAAAUUAUUAUGUUCAUUAGAACUCGGACAGAUGAGAAAAAUUAAAAUAUUAAAGCCCACUGCUGCAAUUGUAAGAAAUUUAGAAUAGACC